UCCAUUUUGCAUUUCGCAUUUUGCUUUUUCCGCAAACACACAUCUAUUUUUGUUACCAAAAUUCAAAUCGCUGCCAUGAGUUGGCAUAUGCUAUCUAGCAGCUCCGUGUACGAGUCGUCAAGUGGCCACGAAGUCGAGGAUGAACUGGAUUUAUGCAUUGAAAAGGAAACCAGAGAUGAGAUUAUCAAGAGCAUUACAAAAACCAAAGACGAGUCCGUGGAAAAACUAACUGAACGCGGCCUGGAGGAGAUGGGUUUCUUGGAAGUAAAGGAAGAUAUUCGCUUUAAAUUCGGCUGCAGCAGAAAGUACAUGAUCGAUGGCAUAACCGAUAUGCUGGAGAAUAGGAUAUGCACCGAUCUGCAGAUCCAAGUGGGCGAUCGAACCUUCCAUUGCCACUUGGCUAUCCUACAAGAGAGCUCCAACUAUUUUCUGCCAUUCAAGCAACUGGAUGUGGUCACCUUAGACCCGAACGUGGUCACUCCCAGGGGUUUUGAGAUGGCCUACCAUUGGAUAACGCACAAGAACGCCAAACUGGAGCGGAAACACAUUGUGGAGAUCUACUUGACCGCCAGUCACCUGGACAUGACGGAGCUGAACGCACACAUAUGGAGUCGUUUGGACAACCCCAAGUUGCUCAAUGGCCUCGAAGCAUUUAAGUUGUACCUAGAAUGUUUGCCCUUCCAGGCGAGCGUGUUGCAGGAUCUGAUGCUGGGUCGCAUCCACAAGUACUUUUUGCUGGCCGUCGCCACGCAGGAGUAUCUCGAUCUGGAGCCGAAUCACGUCUGCCAGAUGCUGGGUCACAUAAAUAUGUGUGUGAACUCCGAAAUGGAGAUGUUCAUGAGUGGUGUCAGGUGGUUGUUUCACGACUGGCCCAAACGCAAGAAGUUUGCGGUGACUGUAAUGCAGGCCAUACGCUUCAAUCUGAUGCCGUCUUGGUAUAUUACUAGCUUGAAAACUCCACAAUGGGAUGCGCAAUUCCAGGAAUUGUUGCACAUUCCGGCGGUGAAAUCGAUGAUCGAUCUGGGCCUGUCCUUUGCGAUCACGCACAACUUUCUGGAUCCCACAUCGCCGCUGAAGGAGCCGCUCCACAUGCAGAAGCCCCUGGAACGCCAGUGGGUCUACCAUGCGAGCACACGACAUCACCAUCGCUACGAGUGCUCCAAGUGGCGUUACCUGACACUUGAGGUAUUCCACGAGUACUUGCAUUCCAUCAUCGCCGCCGGCCAUCGAUAUGUGCCCUCCCUGGAGUACGUAAAGCCUGGACAAAUGAUGGAGUGCUGCCAGGAGGCCUUGGAAAAGAAAUCGUUAAAUAAAUAAGCCAGAAGAGAGCACUUUAUCGUGGGCCCAUAUCGUUUUAUUGGCUCAAAAACACA